GGGCUCCCGUUGGAACCUCAACCCCAUAGGGGCCCCCCCACAAUUCCAUGGGGCCAGUCCCACAGAUCUCAGCCCCACAGAUCCAACCCCAUAGGUCCCAGCCCCAUAGAUUUCUGACCCACAGAUAUGAGCAACACGCCCCAGCCCCACAGAUCUCAGCCCCAGAGAUCCGAGCCCCGGAGAUUCAGCCAAUACCCCGCACCCCAAUUCCACAUUCUGCACCCCACACUCCCUAUUCCACAUUCCCUACCCCACCCCCCACCCCCGCACCCCACAUCCCGCCCCACAUCCCGCCCCACACGUGUAGGGCCGCAGCCCUCCGGUCCGGUUUCUCCCCUUCCUGACUCAGCGCCGCACAGCCGCAAUUUCCGCCCGUGUUCCUGGGGCCGCCCCGAUCCGAUCCCAUAAAUAAGGAGCGCCGCGGGGCCGGGGAACGGCGCGAUGGAGCGCUGCAGUUCGGGCUCACUGGAGGAGCACCGCGCACUGCUGGAUGUGGGGCCGCCCCACAGCGAUGGGGACAGCGAUGGGGACAGCGAUGGCUGCGAGUGCGAGUGGGAGGAGCACGAGGCCCCCCAGGACCUGCUCUAUUCCCGCUGCCUGGCUCGCACUCUCUGUGACGCGGCCGCCCCACUCACUGUUGGGAUUUUCGCUCCGUGCCCCCAUCGCCUGCAGGGGAUGCUGCAGCACCUCGAGGCCUCCAUGCAUUCUCACUCCGCGCUGCUGCAGCGCCGCUCCGCCCGCUCCGGCCGCCCCCCGCCCCGCACCGCCCGCGGCUGGGGGCUCCUCCAGGCGCUGUUUCUCCUCACGCUCUUCCGCCCGGUGCUCCGCCGCCCCGCCCGGGACCCCCGCCGCCCCCCCCCGAACAUCUCCUUCAUCUUCGUCCGUUUCUCAGCCUGGCAUUACGUGGGCUGCGACCGCCUGUGGGCCGGGCUGAUCAGCGCCCUGUGCCGCUCCGUCCGCCGCCGUUUCGGCCCGUGGCCGCUCGCCGUGUUCCACGUGGCGGGCGCGGCUCCGCGCCACGGCGGACCGGGCGGCAGAGAGUGGGAGCUCCGCACGGCCGCGUGCGUCAAAGCCGGAGCGAUCGUGGGGCUGCUGCUGCUCGGCUCCGCGCUGCUGCUGCUCGCCUUGGCCGCGCCGUGGCUGCGGGAGCACCGGGUGCUGGGCGCCGUCGGCGUGGCUCUGAGCUCCGCGUCCGGCUCCGGGCUGCUGGCCGCGCUGCUGGCGGUGCUGCGCCGCGUGGCCGUGAGCGAGCGGAGCCGCGUGGAGCGCUGGAGCGACCGGGAGAAAUUCGAGGCUCAGCUGGGCUUCAUGAGCAAAGUGAGGGCGGAGGUGGAGGGGCUGAGCGCGUUCAUCGCCGCCAUGGAGGUGUUCGAGCGGCGGAGGCUGCGGGUGGUGAUGGAGAUCAGCGCCCUGGAGCGCUGCGGGGCGGAGCGCUGCGCGGGGGUCCUGGAGGCCGUCAACACGCUGCUGGCGGACCCCGAAGCGCCCUUCAUCUCCGUGCUCGCCAUGGAGCCCGGCGUGGUCGUGCAGUGCCUCGAGGGAUCCGCGGCGCUGCGAGGCGUCGGGGGCAACGCGUACGUUUAUCUGAGGCGGACCGUCGGGGUGCCGUUCUGGGUGCCCAGCAUGGAGCACCGGCAGAGGAUGAGGGAGGUGAGGAGGGCGCUGGGGGGGGGGCACCCCGCGGACCGCAACGGGCACCCAGGGUGGAGCGACGGGCACCCAGUGCAGCGCGAGGAGCACCCGGUGCACCUCAAGGGGAACCCAGUGGACCACAAGGAGCGCCCAGGGCGAGGCAAUGGGCACCCGAUGCAGCGUGAGGAGCACCUGCACCACGAGGAGCACCUGCUGAGCCAAGAACAGCACCCACUGCAGCUCGAGGAGCACCCAGUGCAGAGCAGUGGGCACCCAGUGCGUGAUGAGGAGCACCCACAGCAAGAGGAGCACCCAGUGAACCAUGAGCAGCACCCACUGCACCACGGGGGGCACCCACUGCCCUAUGAGGAGCAUCCACUGCCCCACGAGGAGCACCCAUCGCCCCAUGAGAAGCACCCAUCGCUCCAUGAGGAGCACCCACACCAUGAGGAGCACCCAGUGCCCCAUGAGGAGCACCCAUCGCCCUAUGAGGAGCAUCCACUGCCCCAUGUUGAGCACCCACACCAUGAGAAGCACCCAUCACCCUAUGAGGAGCACCCACACCACAAGGAGCACUCACUGCCCUAUAAGGAGCACCCAUCGCCCUAUGAGGAGCAUCCACUGCCCCAUGUUGAGCACCCACACCAUGGGGAGCACCCAUCACCCUAUGAGGAGCACCCACUGCCCUGUGAGGAGCACCCAUCUCACCACAAGGAGCACCCAGUGCCCUGUAAGGAGCACCCAUCACCCUAUGAAGAGCACCCAGUGCCCCAUGCUGAACACCCAGCGCCCCACGAGGAGCACCCAUGGGUGCGGGUUGCGGAGCGGCAGACGCGGCGCUGCGUGCGGGCGGCGCUGCGCUCCCUGCACGACCCCCAGGGGGCGCUGUGCCGCUUCGUCCCCUCCGAUGGGGCGCAGCUGCGCCGGAUCCUCAGCAUCGUCCCCAUCACCGUCCGGCUCCUCCUGCACCGCUGUGCCCCGCAUGGCCGGGGGGGGGCCGGGGGGGCAGAGGAGAUCUGUGGGGCGGGGGGAGGUGCGGUGAUCCCCCACGGGAUGGACAGUUGUGGGGCGGGAAGAUGUGGGGCAGAGGAGAUCUAUGGGAUGGAGGGAUGUGGGGUGAUGCCCCAUGGGAUGGAGAGCUGUGGGGCUGGGAGAUGUGGGGUGGGGGGAUGUGGGGUAGAGGAGAUCUAUGGAGUGGAGACAGGCGGGAUGGAGCCCCAUGGGAUGGAGAGCUGUGGGGUAGAGGAGAUCUGUGGGGCAGAGAGACACAGGACUGAGCCCUCCGGGACAAAGAGGCACGGGAUGGAGCCCCGUGGGGCGGAGAUGGAUGGGACUGAGAGCCGUGUGACAAAGAUCUGUGGGGCAGAGGAGCCCUAUGGGGUGAAGAGCUCUGGAGCAGAAAUCUAUGGGGCGGAGAGCCAUUGGAUGGAGCCUUAUGGGGCAGAGAUCUGUGGGGCAGAGGAACUCUAUGGGGUGGAAAUCCAGGGGACAGAGCCCCAUAGAACGGAGAGCUAUGGGGUGGAGCCCGAUAGAAUUGAGCCCUAUGACGUUGCACCCCACUGCCUGCUGCCCCACAGCCCCACAACCCCGGGCUGCCCACCCCACUCUCUCCCACCUGACACCUCAACGCCCCACAACCCCUCACUCCAUAACCCCACACCCCCCAACCUCACCCUCCCUGCCCUCCCACCCCCCAACCCCGCACCUGACAGCCCCCCAGUCCUUGUCCUCUCACCCUACAUCCCCUCACCCCAUAAGCCCACACCCCCCAAGCUCCCACCCCAUAACCCCACCCACCUCCUCCCCCACCCCAUAACGCCCCACUCCGUCUCCCCCCACGGCUCGGUUCCCCUCGCGGUGGCCGCCUGGGUUUUGCUGGCGGAUCGCUGGCCGUGCCGGCUCAGCUGGAUCCUGCAGUUCUUACGGGACGGGGAUCCCCGCGAAGCUCUGGGGUCCCUGUGGGACAUUUUCCAGCGGCACCGCUCCGAGCUGGGCGCCCUGCAGCAGCCGCUGCGCAGCGCUCUGGGGCUGGACGGGGACCCGCGGCUCUUCGAUGCUUUCCUGAGCCGCCACUUCCCGUUCAGCGCCCGCGAUGCCCGAGCGCUGCUCCCCGUCACCGUGAAUCUGGACCGCUCCAUAGGGCGGAAGAUGGGGGAGCUGAGGGGGCUGCGGGGGCUGGGGGAGGGAGGGGGAGGGGAUGGGGGGAGGGCGGGGACGGGGGAGAACCGGCAUGGGGGUUUCUGGAUCCUGAGGCCUAAUCCAGAUCCUGAUCCAAAACCCAGCCCCAACCCCAAAUCUGUAUCCUGA